AUGCAGACCGAUAGUGAUUUCGAAUCUGGUAAUUUAUUCAACAACAGCGUCUUGGAUUUAGAAUGCAGUCAGGUUUUUCGGCCCACACAAGCAUUAUGCGAUUUUUUGGAAAAAACGGAAGCCGAACUAAAGAACGACAAAAAAAAAAAAAAAGAGGUCUAUCCCGGUAAUGACGAACCAAGCCAACGUCGGGAUAGAACGGAACGUGAAUUAAACACGGCUAAAUUUGAAAUUUCAUUGUAUUAA